AUGUCCAGCAACAGCUGUAGCUCCAACGCGGGGAGUUGUGCGUUCUGCGGCGAGAGUCUCAGUAACACGCCUAAUCCGAUCCCAAUUGCGUACGGGGCUUCACCAGAGGAAGGUCGUGGAGCCUUUACGAAGCUCAAGCCCUUGCGAUGGCGUUUCCUUACCAACAAAGCCCCUCGCACGAAGUACAUGUGCUCGUCUUGCGCUGAGAAGCGUCAGGUGCCUCAGAAAGUCGAGCCAUCCGUAAGUUUGGAUUCGUGUUGGGAUGGCUUCCCGAAGCCUUCGGAUCAGGCGCUAAAACUCGAGCAUCUAGAGCCGUACGUUGCUGGGCGUCAGCAGCGAAAGACUCAACGAGAGCAGCCAGAGAAGCGAGAGACGCUUCAAGAUGGACGCCCUCAGCGUCGUGAAAACCGGAAAAGUACUCGUGAACCGGUCUCGAGCAAUGGCAGAAGACGUCGAUCGUCCCAAAUGUCGGAAGACGCUGCCAGAAGCAGCAGCGGCGUGUUGAACCCGUUUGUGAACCAUCGUGCGUCCAGAGAAUCGAGCAUUCGCAAUCGUCCAGCGAGUACGGUCGAAAUAAGGGCCCAAACUUCCGUCACAAAGCAACGUGCUUCAGUUGAGAAUCCGACUCGUCCGAGGAAGUCAAGUACGGGACAGUCGGAGCCCCGCGGGUCCGAAAAGCGCUUGAGUUCGACAGCCGACAUCCUCGGAAUGUCGCGGUCGCUUAAGCUGCCUCCCAACUACUUCGACAUGAGCUCUUCCUCGCCUACAUUCUCUGCUCCGGAACACGAUCCUGUCGAUUGGAAACAGAUCGGAACACCGGCAGAACCUCUUAUAAACAAUGAAACGGAAGAAGAACGUCAGCGACGAAGAAGCGCUUCGUACGCUCACAUGCUGCUGCGCAUGCGACAACAUUACGAUACUGUGCACGUGAAUGGAGCCCACAGCCACCCUGCUACAGCUCCGCCGCGACGGAUCCGUGCUGAGCGACGUGCUAAGUCCGUGGCUGUACGCAGCGUCACGGAGGACGAGCCGGCCAAGACGGAUCCGGCAGACUUCGCUAUCGAUCUGGACUAUUUGCGUGCGUACAAAGACGCCCGGUAG